CGUCACCACAGUGCGACAUACCGGAUAGAAACAAACGCUUGGAAUAGCUUUCUAUUGAAGGUGCACAUGUAAUAAAUCAUCAUGUUUUAGUUAGUGGAAUUACAUUGUAGGUUCAAGUCUCCGCGAAACACCCCGUCCCGUGCCGCAACAACAACGUAAAGGGAGUGAAUGCUAAGUGUGUGAAGCUAAUUGGCUCCUCUUCAUUAGAGGUAUGAGUUGUAGACAUGGCGGUGAAGGAGGUGGAAGGAGCAGGCGAGGAGGCUAUCGAGACGGAAGCAGGGAAAGAGCCGACAGAGGACGCGGGUCCAGCGGGAGCUCAAACAACGUUGACGAGGACCAGGCUGCUAACCGCCAUCCAUCACACCUGAAAGGACGGGAGAUCGGCUUGUGGUACGCAAGAUACGGAGCUGUGAAGAAGAAACAUGCUGAGCGGAGAUCGCGGGCAGUGGUCCAGAUGGAUGAGGCCAGAGAGCAGAACAUCAUCAAGCUGCUGGAUUCUGUCCAGAACGACCAGUCGGGUGCACAACGACCAACAAGAGAUGCAAGAGCCUCUGCUUCCCACAGCUGGCGUACACCUUCUAACAAAAGUGGUCAUUGCUACUUUGAUGGAGACAUGCCCGAGCAAGUUAAACAGAAGGCUGACAUGAAAUCCGAGGAGGAAGGUUUCAUCUCUCAGGCAGUUGAAGAUGAGACUCCUGACACGUGGGAUGAUGAUGAUGAUGAUGAUGAUGACAAGGAGGAGCAGAAGCAAGGGGAGGAGGAGAAAGAGAAAUCAAAGAGAAAUGACAAAGAUUUUGAGUUUUUACUUCAGAAAAUAGCCAGAGACCAUUCACUGGAUGAGUCGUUGCGGAGAGAUCUGCAGAGGAAAAAAUCACACCCAGAGUACAAGGAGAUGCUGACAUUUAGAGAAAAAUUGCCAUCCUAUGGAAAAAAAGAGGAGCUGGUCCAGCUGAUCAACUCCAACCAAGUCCUGGUUGUGAGCGGUGAGACUGGCUGUGGGAAGACCACUCAGGUGACCCAGUUCAUUCUAGAUGACCACAUCAACCGAGGCGUGGGUUCAAUGUGUCGGGUGGUUUGCACGCAGCCUCGUCGCAUCAGCGCCAUUUCGGUAGCACAGCGUGUGGCGGCAGAGAGGGCAGAAAGUGUUGGCAAUGGAAAUUCGUGUGGUUACCAAAUUCGCUUGGAAAGCCAGUUACCACGGAGACAAGGUUCGGUCCUGUACUGCACCACCGGCAUUAUCCUGCAGUGGCUUCGCUCAGACUCGCGCUUAUCGAGUAUCAGCCACUUGGUUUUGGAUGAGAUUCACGAAAGAAGUCUCCACUCUGACGUCUUGCUCACAAUUGUCAAGGACCUGCUCAACUUUCGAGAAGACCUUAAGAUCAUCCUAAUGAGCGCCACGCUCAAUGCGGAGAAAUUCUCUAAAUAUUUUGACAACUGCCCCAUGAUCCACAUCCCGGGUUUGACGUUCCCAGUGGAAGAGUUUCUCUUGGAGGACGUGGUGGAGAUGACAAGAUAUCGUCCAAAGACUAAAGACUGUCGCCCUGCGUGGAAGAGAGGCUUCAUGAAGGGGCAUCACUCAAGACCUGAGAAGGAGGAGAAGGAGGCAGAAUACAAGGAGAGCUGGCCUUGUUAUGCUCGCACGCUACAAGCUAGAUACUCUGACAACACAAUUACUGCUCUUGAAAUGCUGGACGCUGACGACAAGAUUGACCUAGAGCUAAUCUUGGCACUUAUCCGACAUAUUGUGCUAAACGAAGGGGACGGUGCAAUCUUGGUCUUCCUGCCCGGCUGGGACAACAUCAGCAGCCUCAACGACCUACUAAUGGCGCAGCAGAUGUUCCGAUCAGAGAGCUUUGUUAUCAUCCCGCUGCACUCGCUCAUGCCCACUGUUAAUCAGACACAGGUGUUCAAAAGGCCGCCUCCUGGGGUGCGAAAGAUUGUUAUUGCUACCAAUAUAGCCGAGACAAGCAUCACCAUAGAUGAUGUGGUUUAUGUGAUCGAUGGAGGGAAGAUUAAGGAAACUAACUUUGACACCAACAACAACAUCAGCACCAUGACAGCCGAGUGGGUGAGCUUGGCCAACGCCAAGCAGAGGAAAGGACGUGCUGGCCGUGUGUGUCCAGGGAAGUGUUAUCAUUUCUACAACGGUCUCAGAGCCAGCCUGCUGGAUGCCUACCAAUUACCCGAAAUCAUGAGGACACCCCUGGAGGAACUGUGCCUGCAAAUCAAGAUAUUGAAGCUCGGCAGCAUUGCUGUCUUCCUGCAGAAAACUAUUGACCCUCCCGCUGAAAAGGCUGUCAAUCUGGCCAUCAAGAACCUCCAAAACCUGAAUGCCUUGGAUCAUUCCGAGAAUCUGACAGCGCUCGGUGUCCAUCUGGCCCGCCUGCCCGUAGAGCCUCACAUUGGGAAACUCAUCCUGUUUGGAGCUCUGCUUGGCUGCCUCGACCCAGUGCUCACCAUUGCCGCAUCUCUCAGCUUCAAAGACCCUUUCUUCAUACCCCUGGGCAAAGAAAAGAUGGCGGACAUGAGGAGGAAAACCUUGUCUAGAAACUCCAAGAGUGACCACCUCACUGUAGUCAAUGCCUUUCAGGGCUGGGAGGAUGCUAAACAACGUGGUGCACGUUGUGAGAGGGACUACUGCUGGGACAACUUCCUGUCUGCCAACACACUCAAGAUGCUACAAAACAUGAAGGGACAGUUUGCUGAGCAUCUCAUGCAUGCAGGCUUUGUCAGCAGCAGGUACCCUAAAGACCCCAAAUCUAAUGUCAACUCAGAUAACGAGAAGCUCAUCAAAGCUGUGAUCGUAGCUGGUCUGUAUCCUAAGGUAGCCAUGAUCCGACCUUCCCACAGCAGAAAGAGGCCCGGGGUAAAAGUCUACACACAGCAUGAUGGAAAGGUGUGCAUCCACCCCAAGUCUGUCAAUUAUGAGGAGACAAAGUUCAACUACACGUGGCUCAUCUAUCACCUCAAGAUGAGAACCAGCAGCAUAUUCCUGUACGACUGCACCGAGGUGUCGCCGUUCUCCCUGCUCUUUUUCGGAGGCGAUGUUACGAUCCAGAAGGACGAGGACCAGGAGACCAUAGCGGUGGACCAGUGGAUCGUCUUCAGGUCACCAGCGCGCAUCGCCCACCUGGUCAAGAGUCUGAAGAAAGAGAUGGAUUCUCUGCUGGAGGACAAGAUACGGAACCCGGCUCCUGUUGACUGGCAGAAUCGCCAAUCCAAAGACUGCGCGGUCAUCACGGCGAUCAUAGACCUCAUCACUACACAGGAAACAGCGACAGUGACGGGCGGCGCUGGAGGCCACCACAGCACAUGGACGCCCAGCGGAAAUCACAUUCACUUCCAUGAUGACCAGGAUGAUGGCAACAAUUAAAAGAGCCAGUAGGAGUAUGACAGUCUGGGAGACGAGCACCACAUCUGCCACCUGCAGAGACAACUCAUCAGGCUGCUUGGCCGUGUACGUUCGGAUCACUUCUACUUGCAUCGCAUCUGCAAUAACAACAAACACUCAUCAAUCAUUUUCCAAGGUUUUGCCCAACGGCCACAGGAGGGCGCCAUAGUCUUACUAGUCCUGUCUUGUUCCCUCUCAUCUUUGUUGACUUUCUGGCCCAGGGCGCUGAUCCACCUUGCACGCUCAUUCCUAAAACACAAAAAGUACAAAUACAUAAAGUGCACUCCAACGAAUCCAAUACAAGAUCUGCAUAAAUAAAUGUUUUUUUGACGAUUAAUUUUGAUUGAUACCAUGUAGUUAUAGACAAACUACUAUAAUAAACAUGAACUAAAUAUAUCAGUGACAGUGUCAAUCAAAAGUGAGCACUAUUAUCUUUGUAAAGGCAUUGCUAUUGGCUCAUGUUAGAUGGUGCUUGUGGCCCCUGGGGACCAUUAGAGGACUGGAUGCUACAGAAUGGGCCUCAUUGAGGCAAAAGAACAAUUUAGUGGCUGGGCAGGUUUUGCCUUCACGGCAGCACAAAGGUGUGUUCUCAGAGUGUCAGGACUGAACAGAAGCAACACAAAAGGCUUAGUCUCAGGAGGCGAGAGACACACUUGAGCUUUUCUCUCACUCUUGUGUUAGCCGUGGGAAGGUAACACAAAGUGGGCGGGGCCAAAUGGGUCGAGUUUCCAUGAAACUUUAGCUCUCGUUUCACCUGUUCCCACUUCCCACUGGGAGAGAUGGAAGAGGUGUUCCUGGGGUGAGUCAUGUGGACACCUCCAUAAAACAUACAUCAACCUCUGAGUCAGCCUGGAUUAUCUUUUUCCUAUUGUCUACUUUCUCUUCUGAUUCUAACUCACAUGUGUCACUGCUAAUAGGACGCCAUUAACAUCAUCUGUUGUAUGCUGUCCAAGGUUUGAAAAGGGCAUAAGAAUG